GACUUGUUUAUGCUGUUGUUACCCCCAUUCUUCUACCAUUUAUACUGGUGUUCUUUGCCUUUGCAUAUCUUGUCUAUAGACACCAGAUUAUUAACGUCUACAAUCAAGAAUACGAAAGUGCUGGUGCAUUUUGGCCGCAUGUUCAUACCCGCAUAGUUGCAAGCAUGUGGAUAUCUCAGCUGCUCCUCAUUGGUUUACUCAGCACAAAGAAGGCUGCUAGUUCCACUCCCUUGCUUGCUGUUUUGCCUGUAAUUACUUACGGUUUUCACAAGUACUGCAAAAGCCGGUUUGAACCUGCCUUCAGGAAAUACCCCUUGGAGGAAGCUAAGGAGAAGGACGAUAUGGAGAGGACAUCCGAGCCUAACCUUAACCUUAAAUCAUACUUAGCCAACGCAUACUUGCACCCAAUCUUCCAUUCAUUUGAGGAUGUGGAGACCGUAGAAGUGAGGGUCGACAAAAACCAAACUUGUGUUGCAUCGCCAUCAAGCAGUGAAAGCAGCUCCCCACCUUCUCAUCCUCAGUACAACACAUCUCCUCCUAGAUAUGUGUAUCAUUAUGAGUUCGAAGCUUGAAGAUACACAUCAACGUCCAUCUUUUUCGGACAACUGACUUUAGAUUCUUUUGCCCAUUUGCUGUAAUUAGCUAGCUCUAGAGAGUGGGGAUUAAGCUGCUGUUAGCGUUGAUUAUUCUUGUAAAUGUUGUCGGGAGUCCUAGUUUAUCUUUAGUCGGAGCUAAAUUAAUGUAUGAGUAGUUUGUGAGCGCCAAGCGUGUAAUUAUUUGUGGUUGCUUCUCUUUGGUUUAUUUGUAAUUAGUGCAUUGUGGGCUCUACCUUCCGUUGUAGUGCAAAAAACCGAACAUUUGGAGUGGGCCUGUGUUUUUUAAAAUAUGUAUUUUCUAUUAAAAACCGAACA